CAUGGCCGUGGCCGUGCUGAAAAGCCAAACCCCCUUCUCCUUCCUCUGCUUCUUCCAUCUUUUUCCAGCGUUUCGAUCGAGAGCGGAGGAGGAUCAUCUCCUCAUCACAACUCGAUCGAUCGAUCUGCUGCUGCUAUUUCUUCUUCGUCUUCGUCUUCGUCUCCUCUGCUGCUGCUGCUUCGUGAUCAAAGGUCGUUCACUCAUCAGCUCUGCUUUUGCUUGGUUUCUAUAUAUCCGCUUCGUUCAUUGUAUUGAUUCUUCUUGUUUCUUUCCAUUUUCAUGCCGAUUUGCUUCGCUGUUUCGCCUCAUCUUUAUGCGUUUCUUCUCUCCCGGUGAAGGAAUCUGGAUUCGUGGUUCUUCCUCUUCUCCGUGUUUUUUUACUACAUGCAAGGUGGAGGAGGAGGAGCAGCGAUGGUGGUGACAGUAAACGGCAAUGGCAAGGACAGCAGCUUCCCUAGCCACGCGAGGGCGCAGUCAAGAACCCUCCCCCUCAGGCUCCUCAAGCCGCUACUCCUCUUCGCCGUGCUCGCCAUCGCCUUCCUCGCCGCCGCCCUCCUCCUCCUCGGCGGCGGCGGCGCCUCCUCCUCUUACUACGGGCUGCCGAGGCUGACCGUGCCCGACGUCCUCUCGGCGGCGGCGCGGCAGCGGUGCGCGAAGCAGCAGCAGGAGGAGGAGGAGGGCCUCCGCGUGGCGGCGACGCUGGAGCGGUGGACGCGGCCGGCGGCGGCGAGCGCGUGGCACAACAUGUCCGACGAGGAGCUGCUCUGGGCGGCGUCGAUGGAGCCGCGGGUGCGCCGGUACCCGUACCGGCGGGUGCCCAAGGUGGCGUUCAUGUUCCUGACGCGCGGCCCGCUGCCAUUGGCGCCGCUCUGGGAGAGGUUCUUCAACGGCAGCAGCCGGGAGCUCUUCUCCGUCUACGUCCACUCCACGCCGGGAUACCAACCGGAUUUCCCGCCCGCCUCCGUCUUCUACCGCCGCCAGGUGCCCAGCAAGGUGGCGCAAUGGGGGCAGACGAACAUGUUCGACGCGGAGCGGCGGCUGCUGGCGAACGCGCUGCUGGACGGCGGCAACGAGCGCUUCGUGCUCGUCUCCGAGUCGUGCGUGCCGCUGCACGGCUUCCCGGCGGUGUACCGGUACCUCACCAGCUCCCGCCACAGCUUCGUCGGCGCCUUCGUCGACCCGGGCCCGCACGGGCGCGGCCGCUACAGGCCGGGGCUGGCGCCGGAGGUGUCGCCGGAGCAGUGGCGCAAGGGCGCGCAGUGGUUCGAGGUGGGGCGCGACCUCGCCGUGUUCGUCGUCAGCGACGAGCGGUACUACCCCAAGUUCCGGGAGCUGUGCCGGCCGCCGUGCUACAUCGACGAGCACUACCUUCCGACGGUGCUGUCCAUCGAGGCGGCCGGGCGGAUCGCCAACCGGAGCGUGACGUGGGUGGACUGGUCCCGCGGCGGCGCGCACCCGGCGACGUUCGGCGGCGCCGACGUCGGCGAGGCGUUCUUCAGGAAGGUGGCGGCGGAGCAGAGGUGCCUGUACAACGGCCAGCCGUCGGAGGUGUGCUUCCUCUUCGCCAGGAAGUUCGCGCCCAGCGCGCUCCAGCCGCUGCUCGCGCUCCCGCCAACGCUGCUCGGCUACUAGCAGCAUCAAUUUUUCUACAGAAAAAAAAAAUACGAGUAUACCUACCUGGCUCUGGCAGCUACGUAUAAAUAUACGUACUGUACUUCUCACACUCUCAAUCAAAUACCUAGGCAUACAUGCAUGAUGUAUAUGUAUAACUCACCUACAGAAUUUUGUAGGCAGUAACAUUCUUUACACUCCAUCCAUAAUCCAUUGCUGCAAAUCCCCAUUU